CGCUCCUUUCCCUCACACCUCCAUCCUCCUCGGCGCCUCCAGAUCUCCUUCGUCGACGGCAGCGCUCCUCAUGGCCAAGUGAUGCAGGACCUCGGCGCCAAGCGCGCCACGCAGCCCGGCCGCGGCGACUUCCCGUCGCAGCUCGGCUACGCCCGGGAGCAGCGCUGCUGCUUCGCCGCACACGCGCAGGCAGCCGCGUGCGGCAGGACGCUGCCCUCGGCCCACCUGCUGGACCUGCACGUCGAGGAGUGCCACUCGGCGCUCUGGGCUGAGCGCAGAGCGCGUGGCGCGCCGGUUUAUGCCUGCUUCGAACCCUUCUGCCUCGAGCGCUUCGGCACUCCGGCUCUGCGCGCCCAUCAUCUCGUUGCUGCGCACCUCUACCCCGCGGCAUUCUUCUUCCAAGUUGUCGAAGAAGGGAUCGAAGGCGCACAGGCGCGCUGGGGGCCAGCCGCCGGCCUCGUUGCUCCGACUGUGGAUCUGCAGCUCCCUGCUCUGCUGCGCCACCAGCCCGCUGCAAGCGCUGCGCGCAAGCGCAAGCAGUCAGAGUGUUCAGACGUGGACAUGGCGCCGCUGGCUGGUCUCGACCGAGCGGAUCAGGCAGCUGCACCGUCGCUGCCGCUUUUCCCUCGCCCGGCCGACGCUCAGCCUGUCGCGCUCCACGCUUUGGCAUUCGUGCCGCGCAGUGUCAGGCAAGGCCCAGCGCGCCUGGAUGAGCCCCGUGCUGGCACGGACGCUCAAGCGGGAACGAGCUGAGACGGCGCAUCUGCGCAGCACGGCGAUGUACGGAACGACGCAUGCAUGACAUUCGCAGCCCCUCACACCACCACUGUCUCCUCGUCGCUCUUGCCCUUGCCGCCCGCCGUGGCCUUCUCCUCGUCGCUGCCGGCGCUGCUGCCACCGGCGGGCGUGGCCGCGGCAAGGCUGGCGGUCGACGCCGAGCCCGCCAGCUGCCAGCUCGGGAUGCUCGGCUUGCCGUCGGGACGCGGCGAGGCCGCACCGCCGGGCGACGAGGGCCCGUUGCCGGAGCUGGCUGCGGCGCCA